CUCCCCCCGCCCACUGUUGCAGGCACUGAUGGUCUUCGAGGAUGUGGCCGUGUACUUCUCCCGGGAAGAGUGGGGGCUCUUGGACUCGGCCCAGAGGGCCCUGUACCGCCAGGUGAUGCUGGAGAACUUCGCCCUCGUGGCCUCGCUGGGACUCUCUGCCUCCCGACCUCGGAUCGUCCUCCAGCUCGAGCGGGGUGAGGAGCCCUGGGUUCUCAGUGGGCUGGAUGUGGCCCUGGCCAGGGACGCCCAGAGGAGGCCCGGCCCUGGUUCCCAGCGCCCGGCAGAGGACAGAGCUGGUUCAGGGGAAGCAGCGUGGCCUUUCCCGGAAAGGCCCCCCCUGACACCUCCCGGAGUCCCCCGCACCCCUGCCGCCUGUGAGCCCGGAGAUCGCCUGGAGGGGCGUCGGGGCAGCUCCUCGUCUGGGGAGAGAAAGCCCACGGGGGUCUCCGUGCACCUUCCAAAGUCUACUCUGCACAGAGGCUGGGUCCCCGCCCUGACCCCAACCCCCAGCUGCACGUGA